AUGGCUGACGUUGAGAUGGCAGAUGAGUCCAUCGUCGAGCUACACCCCUCGUGGGAUGUUGCUCUCAUUGUGGCUCAUAACAACACCCAGAAGAAAUUCCUCGUCUCCUCUCACAUUCUGAGAGUCGCAUCCAAGUCCUUCGACUCCCUACUUACUUCCAAGUUUGAGGAAGGCGCCAAGACUCAACCUGAUUCGAAGCCCGAUAUCAUCUUGCACCAUGACAAUCCCGACGCCAUGGAGAUUAUCCUUUCAAUUCUACACUACAAGCACCAAGACGAGUGGUACAACCUCAGUGCCAAGAUGAUUGCAGUCAUGGCCAUACACUUGGACAAGUACGACUGUUCUGCGUCCCUGAGACUGUGGGUGAAUCACUGGCUCGUUAACUUUGGGCAGGUGGAGCAUGGGGACGUUGGUUACCUCUUGGCAGCGACUGCGUACCUCGGCGAGUCGGCAAAGUUUCAAAAGAUGACAAGAUCUGCUAUCUUGUAUCUCCCAAUGAACUUUGACUUCAAUGCUUGGUAUGAAGACGAUAUGGUGUCUGCCUUGCCGGACAACGUCAUUCGCAACAUCGUUCGCAAGACGAAGUCAGUCAAGCAACGUCUGUACGCUCUCUUGCAGGGAACCAUCAUCGAUCUUGGACGGAAUCAAUCAGAGAUAGGCCUGAUGGACACUUCCCGCUGCAGCAAGUGUCUCCGCACCUACAAGAGAACCCAGAACACCCGUUGCCCCAACUGCCCGCCUACCAGUGGUCAACAGUCUGAAGUCUGUGACUUUCCGGUCGUCUGUUCUCCCGAGACAAGAGUAGCUGAGUGCACGCUCAUGUUCUUAAAGCAACAGCUGUACCCGAACGAAAAGGCAUGGCGUGAGAGUACCAUUGCCGACAUCGCUCGCCGUUUCAAUAAGAUUAGGGAAAUGAACACCCACCGGUGUGACUUUGACCAGAGGUGCCCCCUGAAGAAGCGGUUGGGCGAGCUAGACGAAGCUGUGGUCGAGGUGAUUGAUGGCAUCCGAGGCUGGAAGCUGAAGCUUUCUACCACUGAUGAUGAUGCUGUCAAGUCUGACGGCGUGGACGAGCCCAGCAAGUCGUUGACGUGCGAAUCAAAGUAG